UGUUAUUGUUAGGUCCUCGGAGUAUGCUGUUGCGAAGAUGAGUGGAGUACAAGGCACCUUGUUGCCAUUUCUGUAUCCUUGUCUUCUUCUUAGACCUAUCUCUCGAAGCGCAUGUCACCGCCCGCCGCAUCUCUUUUCGGCUCAGUUAAGGCGCACGACAUGGCAGCACGUCCCUUCUCGCAGUCAGUCGUCUCUGGCUGAGAUAAAUGCCGCCCGCCGGGCUGCAGCCCAUGAACCAAUACCUCCCCCGACUCAAGGCGCCUCUAGAUUAAACCCUACCCCAGAUGACUACGCCCGAAACGUCUUUGUCGACAAGUGCACCCUUACCAUCCACGCAGGCUCGGGAGGCAAUGGCUGUGUUUCAUUCCAUCGCGAUGUCUACAUUCCUGACGGGCCCCCAAAUGGUGGAGAUGGUGGUUCAGGGGGGAAUGUUUGGAUCCAGGCGGUUCCUGGUGAAACAAGUCUGCACAAGAUCGCCCGCCGAGGGGUUGUGAAAGCUGGACGUGGUAUUGGUGGACAAGGGAAAGGCCAAGGUGGUCGUAAAGGCGAGGACGUCUGCAUCCGAGUACCUGUGGGCACCGUCAUCAGGGAAGUCUCCCGUAGCGACCCUGUCGCAGAGGAGGAACAGGCUAUACAAGAAUACCUGGCUGGUCGUACAUUUGAAGAAGAACAAGAAGAACCUGCCCCAAUUCCCGACCUGGGCCUUCGGGACAAAUGGAUCCUAUACGCUGGUGUCACCGGUCCCGAGGCCAAACAUGUCAAGGAUGCCCUUCCAGGCCGGCCCAAGCCUCGAAGAAGCCAUCUCACAGUCCUACAACCCGCAGCUCCUAUCUCAUUGGACCUCGAUGAGCCUACAGAGAAGCCGUUGCUGCUUGCCGCAGGCGGUGUUGGUGGCCUGGGCAACCCUCAUUUCAUGACCAAAGAGGAAAAUAAACCCAAGUUCGCGACAAAAGGCGAACUGGGUGUGCGCAUCAAAUUCGAACUCGAGCUCAAACUCCUUGCCGAUGUCGGUCUCGUCGGCCUUCCCAAUGCCGGUAAAUCCACCUUUUUAAGGGCCAUCAGCAACUCGCGCACGCGGAUUGGAGACUGGGCAUUCACCACCCUAGAGCCCACCGUCGGGACGGUGGUGCUUGACAACAACGAGGGCAGGCCCCUGGUCAAGUCAGGAAUUGACGCCAGCUCGCCACGCACCAGCUUCACCAUAGCCGAUAUCCCAGGACUGAUUGAAGAUGCCCACCUGGAUAAAGGCCUGGGCCUCGGGUUCCUACGGCACAUUGAACGAGCACGAGUUCUCGCAUUUGUCGUCGACCUCAGCGCUGGAGACGCCGUUACGGCACUGAAGAACCUAUGGAAAGAGCUGGGCGAGUACGAGAAGAUUCGAGAUGCCGAAGUCAACGAGCAGAGUGAGCGACGUAUGGUAGAAUGGUCUCCGUUCAAGAUUGAAGACCCAGCGACACAGGCGUCAGCAAACAUGUCACGAGGCACGUCUCGAGGCAGGAUCAUUACUGACAGUGGGGAGGAAAUCCUCAUCUUUCCACCAGAAUCAUCUGACGGCUCGAACCAUGACAUCUCCGACUCGGGGAGGGACCUCGAACCGCUCAAUUUUCCACCCAUCUCAUCCAAACCAUGGUUUGUGAUCGCCACCAAGGCUGAUAAGGACUCGGCAGUAACUCAGAAGGAAUUCCUCGCGUUGAGAGACUAUGUCGCAGGUGUUGAAAAUGGCACGGUCGAGCAUCCAAGUGGUAGGAAGAAUGCUUGGAAUCGUCGUUGUGUCGCUAUCCCCGUGGCCGCCAUUAAUGGCGAGGGUGUGGACAAGGUCACCCGCUUCACCGCGGGCUUGUUGGACAGCAUGAUGGUACGCUAGCAGCGAUGAUGUCGACUGUUGAUCAACCUUUCUGCUCCUCUUACCUGAAAAUUGAAGAGGUCCAAACUUUGGCCAUGUACAACAGUCCUAUAGAUAUAAUACACUCAUGAUUUUGC